CGGGCCGGGAGCGCCGAGCGCGGCCGGGCGGGGCCGCCGCCCCCGCGGCAGGUGCGGGCACAGCAUGGCCCGGGCCGAGCGGCUGCGGAACAAGCUGGUGGAGCGCUGCGAGCGGAUCCAGCUGCAGAGCGCGGCCAUCGCCCGGCACGUGGACGAGGUGCUGCCUGCCAAGGACCAGGCAGUCCUGAGCGCGGCCAGCGCGGCGCGGGAGCUGGUGAUCCAGAGGCUGCUGCUCGUGGGCAAGGCCUGCGAGAACGAGGAGCAGCGGCUGCUGGAGAGGGUGCACGCCGAGGAGGAGCGCGCACACCAGAGCAUCCUCACCCAGCAGGUGCACUGGACUGAGGCUCUGCACAAGCUGGGUGCCCUCCGCACCUACCUGGUGGACAUGAUCACCAACCGGGAUGACCAGGACCUGCUGCGUGCAGAACAAGAGAUCUUCGAGAGGACGGAGGUGGCAGAGGGAAUCUUGGAGCCACAGGAGUCCCUGAAGUUAAACUUUAAUCAGACCUGUGUUCAGAGUCCACUGCUGCAUCGACUGUGGGCCUGUGCUGUGCUCUGCUGCCUCACAGGCUCACAGGAGAUUCACAUCGAUGAGAAAACCCUAAGCCCCCACCUCAGCCUGGCAGAAGACAAGAGAACCCUGACCUUCAGCCCCAAGAAAGCAAAGGUGGACUCGGACUGCCCCGAGCGGUUUGACCACUGGCCCAACGCUUUGGCCACUGCACCUUUCCACUCGGGGCUGUGUGCCUGGAAGGUCAGUGUGGAGCAGAGCUGUGCCUACAAGCUGGGGGUUUGCUACAGCUCCGUGCCCAGGAAGGGCUCUGCCAACGAAGGCCGCCUGGGCUUCAAUGCUGCCUCCUGGGUCUUCUCACGCUACGACAAAGAAUUCCGGUUCCUGCACGCGGGGCAGCCCCAGCCCGUGGAGCUGAUCAAGGCCCCGGCACAGAUCGGGGUCCUGCUGGACUUUGCAGGGGGGGAGCUGCUCUUCUACGACCCCGAUUCCUGCGCCAUCCUCUUCUCCCACCGCGAGGCCUUCCUGGAGCCCGUCUACCCCGUCUUUGCCGUGGCACACCAGAGCAUCUCGCUCCUCCCAUGAGCGGGGUGUGGCCGUGUGACUGUGCUCUGCCAGUGCCUGGGGGGAAAGGAGCUCGGGCAGGGCUCUGCCUGUGUCCAGGGCCUCCAGACAACACCUGCCUUCACACUA